AUGUCGAGUAAACAAAAACUUAAUGAUAUAGAGAAAAAAUUAAAGAAACAUAAACAAACAAUAUUAGAUGGAAAAAGUGAUCCAUUUAGUAAACAAAAAGCAAUUUUAUUUUUUUUAGAGAAUAACAAAAAAGAAGAAUUAGCACAAAUAUUUAAAGAAAAUAAAACAUUACUUCAUGGAUUAUUUUCUUUAUAUCCACCAACAUUAGAAGGAUUAUAUAAAAAACAAAAACCAUUAACAGAAAAAGAUUGUUUAAUAGUAGAAACAUUAAUGGAUUUUGCUUCUAAUAAUUAUUCUCCAAGUGAAAUUACAUUUCUUGAACCAAUUAAUUCAAUUUUAACAACAUUUUUAGCAAUAGAAACACCAUAUCCUAUACGUAAAAGUAUUUUUAAAUCAUUUAUGAAUAUUUUAGUUAAAUUAAAUGCAGUUUCUGAAGAAACAAUUUAUCCUAAAUUAUUUAUUGGUUCUUUAAAUCUUGAAGGAUUUAGUAAUAAUAUAACACUUCAUCUUACUUGUACUCAUAUUCCUGUUGGAACACCAACUCCUAUUCAUUCAGAAAUUAAUGAUACUACUAAACCAAAACAACAAACAUAUGGAUUACUUGAUAUUUUCUUUGAAUAUCUUACUAAUAAUCCAGAAAUUCUUUAUCCUUUAUUUAAAGAAUUACUUUCAUAUAUUUGUGCUGAUUAUUGUAAAAUUUAUUGUGUUAAUACUUUUAAACAACAAACAGGAUAUACAAAUAAAACUAUUCCAACUGAUCUUUUAGAUUAUAUUAUUAAAACAAUUUCAAAUACUAUAUUAUUAAAAGCUAUUACACCAUAUCAUAAUAAUAUUUUACAAUUAUUAAUGUAUUUUUAUGAUAUUUCUAUUGAUUUAGAUGUAAUUGAACAUCAAUUAAUAACAAAAGCAGUUCAAUUAUAUUUUACUAAUUUUAUUAUAAAUGAUCCUUCUUUUUUAAAAAAUGAAAAGACAACAGAAAAUCAAAUCCUUGAAUUUCAAAAAGAAAUCAUAUCAAAAAUCACGAAAAUUUUUACUAAAAAUAAAGGAAAUGAAGAACCAGAAGUAAAAAUUUUAAUACAAAAUUUAAUUAAAACAAUAUUAUUAUCAUUACAACAAUCUUCUUUUAAUGAAUUAUUAAAAAUAGAAAUGGUUAAAAUGGUUGAAGAAGGAACAUUAGGAUUUUUACCUGAAAAAGUUGGAGUUCAAACACAAUUAUUGAUUACAGUAGUUGUUGAUUGUUUAUUUGUAGUUUGGAUUUAUUGGAAUAAAUCAAAUUUAAAAGAAUGGAAAGAACUUCAACAAAGAUUAAAACCAUUUUUAAAAGAAGAAAUGGUUAUUGCAGAAAUUGAAAGAAAAUUUAAUCAAUUAACAAAAGAAUUAAUUGAUAAACAUUAUCAUAAAAAAGAAAUUAUACAAAAUCCUUUACCAAUUCAACUUCAAAUGAUGAAAUUAAAAACAGUUGAAUUAAUUCAAUUUGAUAGUAAAUUAAAUGAAAAAGAAACAAUUCCUGAAGAUGAAUCAUUAAAACAAUAUCUUAUUAAUUUUACUACAUCAGAAAUUCUUGGAUUAUGGAAUAUUUUUAAUGAAAUGUUUCAAGAUAUUGAUAAUUUAGAACCAAUUGCUCGUUUAAAUUGUUGUAAAGUACUUAUGAGAACAUUAGAAUAUUUACUUAUUGUUGAUUCAUAUGGAGAAACAAAUAAUGAUUUUAAUGAAGAAGGAAGAAUUCAAUUAUAUGAUACAUUUUUACCAUUUUUAAUUAAAGAAUUAAAAAAAACAGAUAUUGAAGAUGAAAAAUGUUUAUUAUAUGGUUCAAUGUGUGAUUUAAUGAUUCGAAAAAUACCAAAAACAACA